AUCCAAACCAUUAAAUCUAUUCUGAAUGCUAUUAACUUCAUAGUACGGACCUGGAUUACGUCGAAAUCGAAUCGAUAGCUCGAACGGAAGACAAAUCAACGAAAUCAACCGAACGGGUCAAAUCGAGUCAAAAUACGAAAUCGACCAAUCAAUCCGGCGUGGGGGUUAAUCUGCCGGCGAUAUCAACUCGGGGCAGCGGCCGGAUGCGGCGACGGUGACGGACGCCGGCGACAGUGGCGGAGCGGCAGUUCGACGGCGAUGAGCAGCGACUGGCGGCGCUGCAAUCGACGGCGGCGCUGCACUCGACGGCGGCGGGUGGCCGCUGUGCAAAGGGCGACGGCGGCUGGAAGCUCGGGCGACGGCGACUCUCGAUUCCGUCGAGGGCGAAACAGCGGCGUCCGGCGUUUGGCGACGUCCUCCGUUUGGCGUGGCGGCGCUGCACCCGUCGGCGAUGAUGGCGGCGAGGCUGGGGAAGGAAACAGCGGCGGCGACCGGCUGGGGAAGGGCGACGCCGGCGGCUGGCUGCUCCAAUUGGACGGCGACAACCGCGGCUCGAAGAUUGGGAACCGUGGUCGGCGGCGCUGGACCUGGCGGCAAGCGACGGGGCAGUGGCGAGGAAAGGCAGCAGUCGUGCGGCGAGGAGGCGGAGGAGUAAACGAGGGACAAUCAACCACGAGGCCACCAUUGUUUGAUGGAACCAACUACUCGUAUUGGAAGGAGAGAAUGAGAAUCUUUAUCCAAUCCAACGACUACAAGCUGUGGUUGAUUGUGAAGAACGGCUGCGGAGUCCCGAUGAAGAAAGUCGGUGAAGUCAAUGUUCCCAAAACCGAAGAAGAGUUCACCGACGAAGAUUGCAAAAAGAUGGAGCUCAACGCCAAGGCAAUAAACAUGAUUUAUUGCGGUGUUAACGCGGAUGACUACCGCAAAAUCUCGCGGUCUAUUGCUCUACCCGCAACAACAUCAACCCACAACAACGUUGAUGAUGAAGAUGAUGACAGCGACGACACCGACCUCGGACUCUUUGUCCGAAAAUUCAAGAAGAUGAUGCUCAAGAAGGGAGCCAAGAAGAACACUCCACCCAAAUGCUAUGGGUGUGGUGAAAUUGGACACAUCAAACCAAUGUGCCCAAAGCUCAAGAACGAGAAGGACAACAAGGCAUCGAAGAAGCAGCGUGCUUACAUUUCUUGGGAGAACGACGGCUCCGGGAGUGAAGACUCGGAAACGGAAGAAGUGGCCAACUUGUGUCUCAUGGCCAUUGAAGAUGGUGAUACAUCAAAAGAGGUGUGCUUGAAGGCUUCGAGUACCUCUUGGUAUCUCGAUAGCGGAUGCUCCAAGCACAUGACCGGAGACGCAUCCAAAUUUAGGAGUUUAGAAUAUUUCAAAGGUGGCAAUGUCGUUUUUGGUGACAACAACAAAGGAAGAAUCAUUGGAAGUGGCACCGUCGGAAAGGACAAAGCUACAACUGUUGAGAACGUUCUUCUUGUUGAGGGCCUCAAGAACAAUCUUCUUAGCAUUAGCCAAUUGUGCGAUAGAGAGAGGAAGAAACGUGACUAUGGCAUCGUCGGAUAGCUCACGUUAACAUGGACCAUCUUAAUAAGUUGGUUUCAAAAGACUUAGUAAUUGGUGUUCCUAAACUUAAGUUUGAGAAGAAUCUAAUUUGUGAUGCAUGUCAAAAGGGGAAGCAAGUAAGGGCCUCGUUUAAGUCAAAGAACGUUGUUUCUACGACUAGGCCAUUACAACUUUUGCACAUAGACCUUUUUGGACCUUCAAGAACUAUGAGUUUAGGAGGUAAUUACUUUGGCUUUGUUAUCGUUGAUGACUAUUCGAGAUUUACAUGGACACUCUUUCUUGCUCAUAAGUAUGAUGCACUUAAUGCUUUUAAGAAAUUCAUUAAAUUGGUUCAAAAUGAAAAAGAUUGUCACAUUUCAUCCAUAAGAAGUGAUCAU